AAAUAGAAAGCCCAUCCCUAUUUAUGUGCGUGCUUUCCGUAAGACACAAAGCUUCUGUUGAUUUUUUUCUAUGCUAAUUUUACAUCUUUUUCAGUAGAAUCUUUUGUUUUACAGAGUUUUCAUGUUAAAUAAUAUUUAUCAGACUGCAGCGAAUUCCUUUAUCUGGAAAGAAUUUUUGCAUUACGCCAAGGAUGAGUGGAUCAUGUGACUUCAAACGGAAUUUAAUUAUUUCUGGUUUUCUUAUGUGCUUUUGGGGAAAUGCGUUUGCAAAAUUACGUUAUUCUCUUCAAGAGGAAUCGAUACCAGGGACGAUGAUCGGUAAUAUUAUAAAGGAUAUGGGCCUGGAUUUAAAAGACUUAGAAGGUCGAGGGUUUCGUUUGAUUUCUGGAUCAAAACAGCAACCGCUGCAGGUAAAUCACAAAACCGGAACUCUGUUUGUUAAUGAAAUCAUUGAUAGAGAAGUGCUCUGUGACAAAGAGGAGCUUUGCUUUUUGAAUAUUAAGAUUGUUAUUGAAAAUCCGCUCGAAGUACAUCAAGCUGAAAUAGAAAUUGUAGACAUAAAUGAUAAUUCUCCGGAAUUUCGGGAAAAGAAAAAAAUACUUGAAAUAUGGGAAUCUGCGCCUGUUGGGUCGCGUUUCACCCUCGAAGGAGCCUAUGAUCCUGACUAUGGCGUUAAUUCAUUAAAAUCUUAUGAACUGAGUGAAGACAUUCCUUUUCUCCUACAAGUUAAAGAAGGCAGUAGUAAAGACAGAAUCCCAGUGUUAGUAUUGCAAAAGGCUUUGGAUAGAGAAGUUAAAGCAAAAUAUGAAUUUACGCUCACAGCCAUCGAUGGGGGAAAUCCCCCCAGAUCGGGAAAUAUAAAUAUUACUGUAAUGAUCGGUGACGUCAAUGACAAUGCACCGAUUUUUGAUGAAGAAAUGUACUCUGUAACAUUAGAGGAAAACUGCAGUGUAGGGUCUCUUGUUUUGAAAAUGAACGCUUCUGAUUUAGAUGAGGGCAGCAAUGGGGAAAUUAUUUAUUCAUUUGAUAGCUCGGUGAAGAAUAAAGUCGCUGAUAUGUUCGAUUUGGAUAUUUACAAUGGAGAAAUAACUGUGAAGGGUUUGAUAGACUUUGAAAAGAAAACAUUUUAUGAGAUUCAGGUAAAAGCUACAGACAGAGGACAUGUGCCUAUGAGUAGCGAAUGCACCGUAUUAAUUAAAAUUAAAGACAUGAAUGAUAAUGCGCCAUUUAUAGAAGUGACAUCUUUGACUAGCUCAAUAAAAGAGGACGUAAAGCCAGGUACAACUAUCGGACUUAUUAGUAUUACAGAUCUUGAUUCUGGUGUUAAUUCUAAAAUAUUAUGUACCCUAUCACGGAAUCUGCCUUUUGAAUUGACGACAUCUUUUCAGGAAAAUCUGUAUUCUUUGAAAACAAUCUCAAAAUUGGACAGGGAGUCCGUAUCCCAGUAUAACAUAACAAUACUCGCCAAAGAUUUUGGCAAUCCUUCUCUCUCAUCACAAAAAAAUGUUUUUGUUAACUUAUUGGAUGUGAAUGAUAACAACCCCAGAUUUCUGCAAGAUCCUUACAUUUUCUACAUAGAAGAAAAUAACAUCCCCGGUGCCUCAAUCUUAGCAGUAAGUGCUGAGGACGUGGAUGCGAACGAGAAUGCUAUUGUAACAUAUCAUCUGCAGGAGAAAGAAACCGUGGGGAAACAAAUGGUUCCAUUUCUCAGUAUCAUGUCUGAUAGUGGACAGGUGUUUAGUUUUACAACCUUUGAUGCAGAAAAAAGCAACACUUUUACCGUUAACGUCGUGGCUAAAGAUUCCGGAGUGCCUUCACUCAGUUGCACCGUAACAGUGAUUGUUUUUAUCUUAGAUCAAAAUGACAAUCCUCCAGUAUUCGUGUUUCCAGUCACCACAAAUGGGACUGCAGUGUUAGAAGAGACAAUUCCUCGAAAUGUCAAAGCGGGUUAUUUGAUUUCGAGAAUCCGAGCCUAUGAUGCCGAUGUGGGAUAUAACGCUUGGCUUUCUUUUUCCUUGGAGGAGGCUACAGACCUGUCACUUUUCAGUGUGGGACGAUAUACAGGAGAAAUCAGAACUCGUCGAACUAUGACUGAUUCUGAUGUAAAUUUACAAAAAAUUAUUAUAUUGGUGAAAGACAGCGGAAGCAACUCAUUUUCUGCAUCAGCAACAGUUAUUAUCACUACAGCUGAAAACACAGAAGCGCACGCCUUAUCUGAAAUUAAAAGCAUUACAAAAGAAGAAGAAGGAAAUAAGAUUACGUUUUACUUGAUUAUCGUUUUGAGUUCCGUGUCCUCGUUGUUUAUAAUCGCUAUUCUGACUCUAAUUGCCACCCAAUGCUACAGAGCACAUGAAAACUUCUUAAGGAGCAAAUACUUAGAAAACGUCAAUUAUCCAGAAGUGAGCGGAUCUCUGUUUCACAGUCACAACUACCAAACAGCAGAAAAACAAUUUUUGUUUGUAGGAUCAGAGGGGAGUCGGAAUUCAGUGAUGGAAGUAGGCAGCAAUGGAAAUACUCUCGUCAUUUCCGAUGGCGGAAUUAACAUUUCACCAAUGGUGAGUGAUUUUAUGGAUAACUUUAAAUAGGACAGCUAACGUUAACUAAACUUGUUCAGCU